AUGCCUGCCAUCUCAAACGUCCCAGCCGAUCCCACUCCGACUCUCUGCAUGCCAGAAUUUCUCCUCAUAGUGAUCUGCGUUUGCGGCGUCUUGGCGCAUCUUUGGAUCAACAAGUUCAGCACGUUUGCUGUCCUCCACACUGCCGGCGAGCACCAGUCCCGCACGCUCGCGAUUCUGCGCCAGAGCCUCGAUUCCAUCUCGUUCGAAGAAUACACGGCCCUUUUCGACCGGUAUACAAAGCUCUCUGACAUGCGCGCGGGCUGGAAAGUCAACAAGUACCUCGCCAUGCUCCCGGCGGGCCGUGAGAAGCGGCGCUGGUUCACGGCUACGAGGUCUUUGAGGAACGAUGCCGAGGCGGUGUUCGAGAUGUCCACCAGAGACGCCAUCGGAAUCCCGCUCGCCGAGCGAAGGAAGGCCUGGGCGGGUACUCAGCAGGUGUGA